AACUCUCUCUCUCUCUCUCUCUCUCUCUCUCUCUCUCUCUCUCUCUCUCUCUCUCUCUCUCUCUCUCAUAUCUUAAUUUCUAUCAAAGCUCCAAAUUAUAUUGCAGACAUGGCCACAACAAUGCAGUACGGUUUCAUAUUUGUGCUGAUCAUCUUCUUUAUCCUCUCGGCCAAUAUGGCAAUUUCGGAGAGGUGCCACCCAAAUGACAAAAAAGCCCUCCACAAAAUUGUAACAGAUCUCAGUAGUCCUAACCACAUGAUCUACGGGGACCCGAACACCGACUGCUGCGACUGGAACUUCGUCGUGACAUGCGACGACGUAACCGAUCGCGUCACCAUCCUCGUUUUGCAAAAAGCCGAUUUCAACCGUCCGAUCCCGGCCGCGGUUUUCGACCUCGUAUUCCUCGAAGAACUAAUCUUACACAAGGCGAAUUUCACGGGCCAAAUCCCACAAGCCAUUACCAAUCUCUCUCGUCUCAAGAUUCUCGAUCUCAGCUGGAAUCGUCUCUCAGGCAACAUUCCGUCGUUCCUCAGCCAACUCAGCAAACUCAAACUCAUCAAACUAUCGUUCAACGAUUUCACCGGUUCGAUUCCGGACUCGCUUUCGCAGCUCCAGAACCUCACCGGUCUUUUCUUAGGCCGGAACAAACUCACCGGACAAAUCCCGGGAGUCGUUUGCCGAUUUCCAGCAGCAGAAUUUCUACCUCCAGAUGUCGCAUAACAGCUCUCCGGCGAGAUUCCGAAAAAAAUGGGGCUUGCGAACUUUACCGAUAUCGAUGUUUCUCGAAACAGGCUGGAAGGGGAUAUUUCGUUCAUGUUUGGGAAGAACACGAGUUUGAUUUACGCUGAUUUUUCGAGGAAUUUGCUGCGGUUUGAUUUUUCGAAAGUGGAGUAUUUUUCAAAGAGCUUGAGGGGUUUGGAUUUGAACCAUAACAUGAUCACGGGCAGCCUGCCCGUGGUGUUGGUUGACUCGAGUCUUGACCGGCUGAAUGUGAGCUACAAUCGGAUGUGCGGUCGGAUUCCGGUGGGCGGGAGGCUGCAGGAGCUUGAAACUACGUCGUAUUUUCACAACCGGUGCUUGUGCGGUGCGCCGCUGCAUGAAUGUAAAUGAUUUUUUCGAUUUUUUACGAAUCUACAGUUAAACCUCUAUAAAUUAAUACAGUCGGGACUAGAG